CUGACGAGGCGUGUUUUCGUGGAAAUAUGCAGUUCGUCUGUAUAUUGUUUUAAAGUUUAUUUGUAUCGAUUGUUUGUUUUUCAAUGUCGUUAAUUUUUUUCCGCUUCUCUUAAUCACCACAUCAACGCCUCUAAUCCGUGCCGCAGUAUUUAUUUAAUGUCGCAACUAGUGGGUUGUAGAAGUACGCAUAUGUUUUUAUUAUUUUUUUUUAUCGUCAUUCAUAUCAACUCGUUGACGUCUCUUCUCUCAACACAAUGUACAUAGUAAUAAAAGCUACAAUAUUCCCAGCCUAAUCCAUUUUAUAGGAUUAUUGUAGAUUAUUAUAGACAUUUCGCUAUGGAUGAUAGUAAUGCUGAUCAAAAGGUAAAUGACUCAUCAUCUGAUGUUAAGCAGAAUUGUGUUGAAAAUACCAAUUCCUUACCACCACCCAGCGAUAACUCGGUGGCAAAGAAGACAUCAUUUGAGAUAACCAGUAUCACAGAACCAAAUAAUGAUGACAAUGAUGAAGAUUCACCAGACACCGAUUCACAUGUUCAUGAACACAGAACAGAUAAUAGGCAUGACGUUGACUUACAAAAUUAUGCUGACAACAUGGUUGUAUAUAGUACAUCCAAUGAUUUAGGGAGUUCUGCACCAGUUAUACCGACUAGCUCACAAUAUGGUCUGGCUAUCGUUGAUAAUUCUGAUAGUGGCCAUUCUUUAGGUUCCAUUAAAAAUGAAGAUAUGCAUGGUAUUGAUAAUAAUUCACAAAAGAUCGAAUGUGAUUUGAAUGGUCUUCAAAAUAAAAAUAGAAACGAACGAUUUAAAGUGGUGAAAAUUGAAAGUACAGAACCAUUCAAACGUGGUCGUUGGGUGUGUAUGGAUUUUUUAGAUCAUUCAAUGAACCAACAACAACCAGGAAACAACAAAAUAAUGAUGGUAAAUGGUGAUAAUAAAACUUAUUCUCAGGCAAAUGACUUGGAUAUAGCUGAACCAUUAGACAAUGGUCAUCAUGAAUGUUCUGAGUUUAGAGUCUGUACUAAUAAUGUAAGUACUUAUACUAGCAAUUGUAACACUUCUGAUAAUUAUAAAAAUCAAACUUCUACUUAUAACAUUGUGUCAUCUGGUGUAACUACUCCUAUUCAUAGUGCCUGUGUUUCUCCUGGUCAAAGUUUACAAACUAAUAUGCAAGUUCCACUUGUAACAAGUCAACCAGUUGCAGUUUCUGUACAAGCUUCACAGCCACAAAGUCUUACUCAAGUUCAAUUAUCAGCACAACAUAAUAUUAAUCAAAGUGGUAUACCACAUUCCAGCUUACAGUCUCAUCAGAUACAGCAAGUAAUUGCCAAUGCCGGAGUUAUGCAGCCUCAGUUACAACAAACUCAACCAGUUAUUAAUGUUAUGCAAAAUCAAAACUCAUCAAUACAACCACAAUCUAUUCAGCAUCUAAAUUCUGUAGACCAGCAUGUUACACAAACAAUACCGCAACAAUAUCAACAGCCUAUGUCACAGGCAAAUUUACAACAACAAAUCAUGCAACAUAAUAUACCAGCACAGUUUCAAAAAUCAUUUGUAUCGCCGAAUCAAACUGUACUGCCAAACUGUGCACCAUUACAGCAAUCAGUUAAUCAAAUGAUUAAUCAACAAGUUCCUCAGUACUAUAAUUCACCCCCAGUCCAGUCUCAAAAUGUUACUUCUGAAUCUUCAACUACAGUCCCUUUGCCUAAUCAACACAUUAAUCAACAACAAUUUCAGUCAAUUCCAAUUCAAAAUCAAUCAUUACAAAAUCAUGUUCAAUUACAACAAAAUCAACAACUACCAAUUCCUGUGCAACAAAUGCAACAACAACCAAAUCCCCAACAAACCAUGGUGCAACAAAGUCAAAUGCAAACACAAAUGGUUCAGCAAAAUCAACAAAUGUCACAUCAACCAUCAAUUUCUCAGCCUAGUCAACCUCAACAAACUCAGCCUGUUCCUCAACAAACACAACAAAUGCCUCAACAGCACAUUCAACAGUCCCAACCGACACCACAAUCUCAACAGACACAUGUUCAGCAAGUACCUUCAUCGCAACAACAACAACAACAACAAGGGUCUCAACAAAUGCAACAAGUAGGUCAACAAAUACAAGCAUCACAAAGUUCACAAAUCCAGCAACAAAUAUCUCAACAAACUCAUCAUAUCACCCAGCUUACUCAAAUGACUAACCAGUCCCAACAAAUGCCUCAAUCAAAUCAAAUGCAACAAAUAGCUCAACAGAGUCAACAAAUUCCACAACAACCUCAACAAAUUAAUUUACAAUCCCAACAGACACAAUUGCAACACUCAAAACAAAUGCAAACUACUCAAAUUCAGUCUCAACCUCAACAAAUUAAUCAGCAGCAAAUUCCUCAGCAACAACAGAUUGGCCAAAUUACUGGUCAAAAUCAAAUGAUUCAUCAAAAUAGUCAACAAAUUACACAUACAGGGCAAAUGAUUUCUCAACAAACUCUUAAUCAAGCACAACAAUUAAACCAAAAUCAACAAGUUCAACAGCAGCAACAACAGCAAUCCCAACAGCAAUUACAGCAACAACUAACCCAAACUAGCCAAUCAGGUCAGUCAAUAACACAACAAAUUCUACAACCAAAUCAAAGUAUGCCUCAACAAAAUCAGGUAUUAACUCAGCAGUUGGGAAUAAAUCAAUCAAAUUCUCAAAUGUCUGUACCUCAAUCUCAAAAUCAACAAGUCAUUCAAUCACAACAACCACAACAACCACAACAUAUGCAACAACCUGGACAGCAAUAUCAACAAUCUCCACAAAUGAUGCAAUCUCAACCCCAACAAUUGCCAAUUCAGACUAAUCAACCGCUCAUGCACCAACCUACUUAUUCACAGGCACAAAGCUUAAAUUCCAUGCAACUUCAACAAGCUGUAAUGCAGCAAAUUCCAACAAAUACUGUAACAUCUACUCAAAUGCAUAUACAACAGCAACAACCAGUACCAUCCAAUAUGAUGCAACAACCUCAAAUUAAUGUUAUGUCACAAAAUAACAUUCAACCCACAAUGCCUAUGUCACAACAACAAAUGACAUACUCACUACAGCAACAUGUACCUAUUAACCCAAACUAUGUAAACAGUAUGCAAAACUGUUACAUUCCUUCUCAACAACAAAUGACGUACAAACCAUCAAUUAAAACUGUAGAAGCUGUUAACAAAAAAAAAGAAGACAGUAAUAGUGAAGAUAUAGAUAAUGGGACUACUAAUAAUGCAACUACUACAGUUGCUAUUGACAAUAAAAUUGAACAAGCUAUGGAUUUAGUUAAAAGCCAUCUUAUGUAUGCUGUGCGUGAGGAAGUAGAAGUAUUAAAAGAAAAGAUUGCAGAGCUCAUGGAUAAAGUUGGACUGUUAGAAACAGAAAAUUCUAAUCUUAGGAUGCUGGUACCACCUGACAUAUUAGAACAAUAUAAUCGUGAGAAACAAAAACCUACUAAUAGUCAGUCAACUCAUAACCAAUAGGCUUUAGUUUUGACUUUUUAAUAAUCUAUUUUUAUACACAUAUAUGUAUAUAUAUAUAUGUAUGUAUAUAAAAAAUAAUACUUUACCAAUAGUUUAGACUAAAUAUUGUAAAAACAGUGAUGUGUACAGAAUGUUAUCUUUUUUAGUUUGAUUUGUACAGUGUAAUAUUAUU